GCUUUAGCUCAUAUGUGGGUCAUCACAAAGGCUGGAUUGAUCCUGAAUCGAGCUGUUCCGCAGCUCUGCCUUGCUGCCAGUGAUCAGGAAGUCAGACUGCAGAUUGAGGGAGAACCGCAUUGGGAAGCUUAUAAACUAAUUUUGCAGAAAAGAAAGACAGAUAAUAUUCCAAAUCAAUUGUGGCGCUUUACCAAAGCUGGGCACAUUUACUGCAAGGCGUAUCCUGGAUUUCCCCUGACGUACCUGAAGGAGCUGGAUUUAAAGGAGGAGGUGACCCAGAAAGAUUGCCAGGAAAGGGCCUUCAGUAAUAGCCGUACAAUUAAGAAAUUCAAGGAAAAGGCUGUCCAAAGCAGUGCGAGGAAAGGUGAUCACAAACAAGAAUGGAGUGACUCGAAAACCCAACCGAUGCCCAAAGGGGACCCUGAGGGCAGUGCCAGGCUGACGGUGGCCCUGGCAAGAAAACUGAAGGAGAAACAUCCUCAGGCAGCGGCUCAAAGAUGGGCCAUAAAACACGAAGGAAUCACAAAACCUGGACAAUGGAAACACUCAGUAGUGGAGAAUCCGCUUUGGAACAAGUUAACUUACAUGUGGCCUAUGUUACCAGAUGGCAAUUUGAAUGAGAACUUUGAGUGGCCGAUUGAAGGCUCCCUCCUCCCCAAUGUGCCCUCCCUGAAAAUGCCAGCCAUGAAGUGGCGGGAAAUCGAGAACAAGCCUGUGAGGGUUCUGAGGAACGGACACCAGGACAAGUCCAAGGCAGUAACUGUUACAGGACCGGAUAUCAUAAACAUUCUCAAGAAAACGAGGAUCCCAAGUGCUGGAAAACCACACCACAAACCCUCAGGGAGAGAGAAGAGGAAGGAAAUGAGAGAGGACGGUGUAAUUAAAGCCCACACCCUCGAGUUUAAGCAGUGUUUAGAGAGGUGUACCUGGGCGCUGGGACUGCCUUUCGCUGCUCGCAGACUGUUUGAUGAGAAGGGAAAGGAAAUCACUGUUCUGAAAGAUCUACAAAGAGACCAGCUGGCAAGUUUAGGUCUCCCAAGUCACAUUGUGUUUAUGUGGAUAGAGAGCAAUACGCUAUGUUACCCGUUGACUAGGUUAAUUACAGGCAACAGUGCCUCAAGAUUUUUAAAUGCCGAUGUCUACGUGUCCUGCGGAGAGAGAUGGACGGAUCCUAAGCUGACCUUAGCUGAGCAGAAGAAACGACUUCACCUGAACAGCUUAGCUUCUGACAUCGCCCUGAUCCGCAGUUACUGCGCCAUGCGUCAUCCCGAAGGGUUGGUGCUGGAGGUUGUGGGUGGACUUGUAGCAGGAGCCAAGCUUACUUUGGCAGAAUGCGCAGUGGCUAUUGAUCAAGGGGAAAGCCCUCCUGAAACAGAUAAACCAGAUCAACCUCACCAAGCGACCGGGGACAAGAAAUGUAAUGACGGGGAUGGAAACAUCUUCCACACCUUUCUUGACUCACAUGCUCGAGCUCACCUGGCUCUUGAAGUUCAACCGAAAAAUCACAGUUAUCCCUGGGAGAGAAAUUCCAAGCAAAUAGACGAAGACGAUAUUGUGCAGGAGGAAGGUGGCGCUUAUUUUACUAACGCUGAGCUCUACAAUAAAUACAGGCCCCAGCCCAAGGCCAUCAAACACCAACAAAUCCAUCGGCAACAAUUUGAGUUCAGAGACGGCUACAUGGUAAACUGCAGCUGCCCUUGGCUUGUGGUGGGAGUCCCCGAUCUGGAGAUGCAGCCCAACACGGAGGUGGUGCUGGUGGAAAGGAAAGCUGAUGAGGUCCAUCAUCGCUGGAUACUGAGAGAGGAAGACAGGACCUUCCAUUUGAUGGGCAGCCCUGAGCUGGUGCUUGCAGUUUCAAUGCCCCAAGUCAGAGCAGGUGAUACUGAGAGCCCAAUGGGAGGUCAACGUUGCUCAAUAAUUCUUCAGAAGUAUAAAGGAUACAGCUAUGGUGUCGCGAAUCAGAAGUGGUGCUGGAUUCCUGAGAUGAAUGUGCUGAAUGCUUUCUAUACCACCACGCUGGACCAAGAGAUCACAGCCGCCAAUCAGGCCUCUCUCUGCACCUUCUCCGUCUCCAGCACCGAGGAAAUGGAACAGCCCGGUUACUAUUUCACAGAGUCUGGGAAGAAGCAGUGGAUCACAGUCUGCUUGGCUUGUGCCAAGGUCCUGAGGGGAAAGAUUGCGAUGACAAAAUUGCCUGCAGGGAUCUCAUUCAUUUGUGCCACUGGCUGUAAAGCGAGUCCGCUGGAAGAAACAGGACCUUUUAAGUGCCUGAGUGUAGCAAAACUGGACCUCUCCACCUCCGAAGCAGGAAACAGUCUGAGCUGCUGGGAGGAGAAGCUGAUUUCUCUGAGGAAGGAGACCUCAGUGCAGACCCUGACACAGGAGAUCUCAGCUGCCAGGGCUCAGCGGGCACUCAAACUCCUGGCUUACCGAAAUGGGGCAGAAUACAAAUACAAAGAUGGACAAUUGAUCAUUGGGACGACCUUUUCAUCGUUGCUGUCUACGUGCACCCGAAGGCUGGAGCUCACCCGGCCAGCGAGCAGACUGUACACGCUGGAGGGAACCCAAAUCCUCACCAUAAGUGAACUCAUAGCGUGGGCUGUAAACGAUUUGCUACGAGAGAGCGGGCGGGAAGCGAAGCGAGGUGAAAAUGCCGGUGUGUCGCUGAAUGGGCAGAUCGAAGAAGAAUCCGCCAGGUUGCAGAGGCCUGACAGCAGCCAGUUCGACAAGAUCUCUGCCGUGAUGCCGGAGGACUUGGAGAGCCUGGACCCAACACUCAUAACCAUUGUUCUCAGGAAUCCCAUCGAGGUCUGGGUGUCCUGCGGAGAGGCUCAUGUGCCAUUGAGUGAACUGAACAGAAGGCAAAGGCUGCAGAGAAAAUGCUGGUUGCAGAAAGAAAAGGUUCUUUGUGACCUCAAUAAAAUGAAACAUAUAAUGCGUCACCUGCAAGGGAGGCGAGUGGGAACUAUGGAACCAGCGACUAUGGUGCCAACAAAAAGUCCAAUUCAGCCCGUGGUGGUGGAAGGUGGAUGGUCUGAGCCAACGCCAGCAGAGGUCAAGCUAAUGGAAGAGGUACAGAACAUGGAGAUGCACCUGUCCGAGGUCCAAGCGAUGCAGGUGAAAAGACAGCCCCACGUUCUCAACAGGAUGGUCUUCAGUCAAAGGCCGCUCUACAGCCAGCCAAACGUCAAAAGGGUUCUGGCUUAUCUGAAUGGUGGCAGUGCAGACCAAGGAGUCUAUGCCUGGGGCAAAAGCAUUCCAGAGCUGCUGGUGAACUGCACAGAGCGAUUGCACGUGAGGCGAGCAGCUCAGCUCCUCUUUACCCCUGAUGGAGAGCAGAUCAACACGUGGGAAAAGAUAGAGAGAGACAUGUUAGUGUGCGUCUCAGCAGGGGAGCCUUUCCUGACCAGCGCAGCGAGCCGGCAGAGGAUAGAAGUCCGGGCCAAUUAUUCUCGAGUUCGGAAGGAGGGGGGCCCAGAUGCCACUAACAUCAUCAUUUUACCCAGAAAACACCCCGAAGCACAGGCUGAAGGUCCUAGUCCUUUGCUGGCUCUAUUGCCAGCUGAAGCUGCGAGAGAAUGAACUGGAUGCUGCCUGACCUGCUGAGCGUUCCCAGCGACUUCUGUUCUUAUUUAUGAAUCCUUAGUGUUUGUUAAAUCAAAUCACAGGGUUAGGCUUGUAAGAAUUAACUAUUGAAUCAUCUUUCACAACAUGUAAGUGCAGUUCAUUUGUUUUUUAAAAAAGUUAAUAAUCCAUUUUCUAACUAAAAAUAGCCCCCAAAAAGCCCUCUACACAAUUCCCUGAAGUUGCCCAGAACAGCUUGCAGCCCUGUAUAGAAUUACAUCCACGUAAUUGUUAAACCUAGUUGGCCUGCAGACUCAAUUUCUACCUCUUCGUGUAGCACAGUUAUACCGGAGGUAACAGAACAAAGAUUGGGGGGAGUUUUUAACUGGCUUGAUGCCGGCAGGAACAGCGUACAUCUGGUCUGGUUCUCUGGGAACAAGGCAAUGCCACAGCCAGGAAAGAGUUAACUAGCUGUCGGGUUUUAGGUAGUGAACUCUCAGCCCUGGAGUUAUCAGUCUGGAAACUUCAAAGCUUAAAUAAAUAUAUAUGUAUAUCUAUAUGCAAGCCUUGUUUAUAUUUCAAUUUAUGUUUUAAAAAAAUGAGUCUGUCCACUGGAUGGAUGCAGUGGAAGCCUGUUUGAUACUUUAAUUAAAUUAAACUUUCAUACUGGCAAAAGAAAUUAAAUGCGCUGAUUUUAAACAAAGCAAUCUGUCCUGAGAUGCAAACAGAAAGAACCUUUUUUUUGUGAUUUUGUGUAUUUUCUUUUUAAAAAUCAGACGGGGCUAAUCGAGCCAGGUGACGGCUUGUGCUGGCCGACAGAGCAGUGAUCAGCUUCGAAAAGCCGUUUCACAUUAUAUCGCCGAUCUGUCUCUAUAUGUAACCCUGGAUGUUCAGCGUUCCACACAGCUUCCAAAAAUGCACACAGUUUUCUUUACAUAGCAUGAUUUUCCAUGUUGAAGUUGCAAUGGAAGAAAACUGUCUUAAAGAUCCUUGCAUUUGAUACAGCGCCUUGUCACAUCUUCGAGACGUCU